GAUUCACUUUUCUUGAUAUUGGCGCCAUUGUUACAGCUAGUUGUUAGUUUAGGCUCAGUAGUAGAGAUUUGGCGUUGUCGUUUAAUUCAAGUGGUUGGUGUGAGUCUGGGCAUGAAAUCCUGAUGUCAACAUGGAGAGUAUAUCCAUUGGUGUUGGUCAUAUAGACUUGACCAGUCCUCAGAUUAUUUAAAAAUUGAAAUGAGCCAAGUCAUUACUGAGCAACAAACAGUGUGCGCCACAGUUGAAGUGCAGCAGUAGCUACCCCGUGCUUAUCCAGGCAUAGAGCUGAGUUCUUAAAGGAAGCAUCGUGAACAUUGUUUUUGAAACUUGCCCUUUUGUAUUUUUGAAAAUAAUCAGAAUGGCUGAAAGUGAGGGUAGAAAUGAAAAUGAUAAUAACUCUGGCAAAAAUGAUGGUAACGAUAUUUGUCGUGAUUUUCUGCGCAAUUUAUGCAGGCGCGGAUCAAACUGCAAAUACAGGCACCCAGAACCCCAAAAAGAAAGCCAAGAAGAUGGAAGCAAGGAUAUUAAAUUCUGUCAUGAUUUCCAAAAUAAAGGUUGUCGUCGAGCAAACUGCAAAUUCAUGCAUUGCACUAAGAGGGAAGAAGAAUACUACCUAAGUACAGGCAAGUUACCAAGGCAUGUGCAAGAAGCUUUGGGGGAAAAAAUUGACGUUCCUGUUUGCAAAGACUUCUUGAGGGGCUUUUGUAAGCGAGGAAUUUAUUGUAAGUUUAGACACUUAACAGUACAGGAGUACGAAAUGGAAAUGGGUGGGAAGAGAGGGCCAUCUUUCAUGGGAGAACCAGAUUUUAAUCAGUUUGAUGAUUUUGAAUUUCAGCCUAAACAUAAACGACCAGCUUUUGACGAUGGUUUUGGUCCAGUUGAUGGACCGGGGGUGCUGCUGCCCACUCCUGGUCCUGACCGAAUGCCAUCAACUUCCAUGCCUGAUAUUCAAAUGUUGGAAGGGGAAAAUGCAAUUCUUCGGCGUAAAGUAGAGGAACUGAAAAAACAAGUUGCAGAAUUAACCUCAACCGUUGAGUACCUGUUAGAACAAAAUGCACAGCUGCGCGCAAGCAAGCAGUCAAGUAUGCCCCCACCUACACCUAACCCGCCUCCUAAAUCCCGCUCAUUAUAUCCAGGUGGUGGACUUGGCAGUGUCCGACCUUGGUAACUUCUAAAUAUAUUAAAACUCGGCAAGAAAUAUUGUAAGUUUAAGGUUUUAAAGCUGUUUUCUUUCUUAAUCAUACUGUACACACUGUAAUGGGGAUGAUUCAUCACUGUAAUUAGUAGUACAUGUCUUUUUUCUUUUUUUUUUCUUACCCCAAUUUUGAUAUUUUCACAUAUACCCAUUGAAUUGUAACAGUGAUUGUACAAAUAUGGUAUUACUAUGUGCACCAGGUUUUCACAGAUCACUGCUUAAAAACCCCAUUUAAAUCGUAAAUGGCCCUGUUAAUUAUUUGACAAGCAAAGACUUGACUGUUGAUUGGAUUUAAAUUUUAUUUGAUUAAUGUAAAUUAAUUUGAAGAUGAUUAAUGUUUUACUUUUCUUAUGAAUUUCACCCAUGGAUAAUUUUGAUUUAUUGCAGUUUAGAUAUGCAAGCAGUAUAAAGUAAUUUGUAUUUUCAGUAAUUGUAAUCAUAUUUAAGUUUGUUUUUUUGUCAAGACUUAGAGAUUAGAAUAGAAUUCCUGUAAUGACUCAAACAGUGUGAUUUUCUGCAUUGUUUUUUUAUUCAUUUUAGCACAUAAAUAAUAGUUCUUUAUACAUAAACAUGUUUCAUAAAGUAUUGGAGUAUUCCUUAAAGACUUUAUGCCUUCUAAUCACAUUAAAAUAAAAGUUGUAUGUUUACUAAAUAGAUGAGCAAAUUAUAUUUGUGAUGUUUUUCUGAACACUAGAUAUAGUAAUUGAAGAAUUUUGUUUUCAUGGAAUGUGUAUGAUGUGUACAAGGUUUGUGCUAUAUUUGAAAACAACUAUUUGACCAGAAAUAUCACAGUCUGUAGCGCUGUCAUACUAUUAUCAAUAAACAUGGAUGUUUCUGAAUGUCAGAGUUACUUAUUCAGCAUUUCAGAAGAGCUGUGCAUUGGGUGUUUUGUACAAAUUAGUUAGGAAAGCUUGGAAAAGUCAGUGAAUUUUAGGUGAUUCAAUGUGAUUAUUAGCCCAAAAAAAUCAUAUGGUUAAUUAUGAUGCAUUUAGUACAUCUAUAUACAUAUUUUAUGCAUAAUUGCUGUUUUAUCUAUAAAGAUCUUGCUUACCAUUGAUUGUCUUGGAGUGUGAAGACAGCUGUAACAGACACAUAAACAAUAGCUAGGUUCCCACCUAAAUGUAGUGUUAGGGCUGUAAGAAAAACUGUCUUGCCUCCUGACACUAGGUCAGUUUUGGAAUGAAGUCCAAUCAAAAAAAAAAUGUACAUCGAAUAUUUCAUUGACACUGAUUCAUUUUACUACAGCAUAAAAGGUCUAACAAAUUACUGUUUAGAGAGAGAGCGGUUGUUUCCAUUAGCCUUCUUGGUGCUACCAUUGUAUGAGAUACGGUAGUCAGUGAAUUCAUAUUGGUGCUCUGUCUAGUUACCAUGCCAAUAUGCAAAGAGUGUUUGGGAAAAUAGACCUGCAUAUUACACAGUGAUACCAUUCUCACUGAUUACUGUUAUUUUGAUCUUACAAACUUUAAUACAUUGAUAAGACAGUCCUUAUGUUAGUUGUAAUAAAAGGAACAUGUAAUACCCUGGAUUUGUUAUGUGAUUGUUAUAUAAAAGUAGAGAAGAUUUGAAAAAUGUAAAUGAACGAAUUGAGUAUUUCAGUAAAGCCUGACAGUUCAAAGAUA